AUGGGCAGCAGUGCUAGCUGUGAAGAUUGCAGGGUAUUAUUCUGUUGGCUGUGUGAGUUGUCGCAGAAGAAUUGGUUUCUCCUGCUGUUGGCCUUUUUAGGAGCCUUACUCCUGAUCUGGAAUUGUCAUACCGGAGUCGCUUUACUCGAUCAGUUGUGGGGGAAAUGUGAUCAACCCUCGGCUCAACUUCAAUCGCAGUCAACAGGCGUUGACUAUGGAGCCAGGGAUGGACCACACACUUGGCGGAGUGCAGACAACAAUCAGAGUCCGAUAAAUAUCGAUAGCGAUUGUGUGCAGCUGCGUUGUUUCGAUUCUCCCCUUAUUUGGGUAGGAUAUGAGGAGUUGCCUCUUGGCAUACGUCUGACGAACAAUGGACACACUUUGGUGUUGCAUGCCGCAUUUCAAGGUGAGACACCCUGUAUCGAUGGUGGCGAUUUGUUGGGCAGCUUUAGUUUUCAUGAGAUCAGCUUUCGUUGGAGCUGGUACAAUGACUGUGGAUCAGAGCAUACCCUGGAAAAUGCGCACUUUCCACUGGAGAUGCAGUGCCUCCACACGGAUGCCAUCGACAAUGGACAUGCCUCCAGUCGUGGCUUGCUCAUGGUCUCCUACAUGUUCUCUCUGUCCACGGAUAAUCCCUUUCUCGAUGUGAUCAUCCAACAUCUCGUCGCCAUUCAAACUGCCGGACAGUCUGUGGAGAUUCCUCCGUUUCCCUUGGACUAUCUGAUGCCGGCAUUCCACACGGAGUUUUAUAGCUAUCAUGGUUCCUUGACGGAGCCACCCUGUCACCGUGGUGCCGAGUGGUUCAUCCAUCCCAUUCCUUUGGCCAUUGGUGAGCGUCAACUUCACGAGAUCCGCAAACUGCGCAGUCGAAACGGAACUCGAAUCACUCGCAAUGCUCGACCGGUUCAGGAGCGUGGAGAUCGACUUGUUUACUUGAAUCGCUAUGAAUCUACUUGAUAAUUUAUUAAAUAAAA